AUGGCCUCAGAUUUGGAGGAGCUUAUCUUCAACCCAGCUGCUUCACACUCGGCUGAAAACCGCCCCAAGUACAGUUGGCGUCUGGGAGAUUGGACCACGUGUAGUUCGUCCUGUGGCAGCAGAGGCACUCACCUGAGGAGAGUUCGCUGUGUGUCUGUCCUGGGCAAAGACGUGCCCCCCUCCAUGUGCCAGCACCGCCCCAAACCCCUCAGCUCCCCGGUGCCGUGUAACACCCAGGACUGCCCCCCCAGAUGGGCCGUGUCAGAGUGGUCGAAGUGCUCUGCCUCUUGUGGUGAGGGGGUGAAGAGCAGACAGGUGGUGUGCCAGCAGCUGGAUGCCCGGGGCACCACCAGGACCCUGCCAGCCCGCGCCUGUGAGGGCACCCCCCGACCUGCGCCCACCCACAACUGCACCUCCCACAACUGCCCCAUCUGGGUCACCAGCCCCUGGGGCAAGUGCUCGGGGCGCUGUCUGAGCCCCUCCUCAACGGUCCAGAAGAGGUCCGUCCUGUGUCAGCAUCUAAACGGGACCUCCCACUCCGACUGUGAUCAGAGCAGAAGACCCCCCUCGGUGCGUAACUGCUCCUCUGACCUGUGCAGCGUGCAGUGGCACCCCGGGCCAUGGGGGGGCUGCAGCGUGCCCUGUGGCAGCGGCUUCCAGUCCCGCAGAGUGGACUGUGUGCACCUCCGGACAGGACGGACCCUCGCCCAACAGCACUGCGCCUGGAUACAGAGACCCCCGACCUGGCAACACUGCUCCUCCAACAACUGCACCGGACAGGGUGAGUGCAGAGACAACACUCAGUACUGCAGUGUGGUGCGGAAGCUCAGCCUCUGCCACUCUCCCAUGUACAAACACAGAUGCUGCCAAUCCUGUUCACAGGACGUCGACUCCACCUAGUGGCGGCCAGCAGAACUACAUACACUACCUUUUAUGAACUGAAGGACUGAGAGAGAGAGACUCCUCAGGGGCGGUUAAACAGAUGGAUUACGUUGGGAGGUUUUGGGGUUUGGACCUGAGAAAUGAACUAAGAAAGACUGGAUCAUCUUUGGUACGGCUGCCCUACACCACCACUCAACCAGCAUUCACUCCCUCCUCCUACAAGGGGCCUUCACGAAAAAAUGUGUCGCUACCCACCCUGAAUAUUUCAUGACAAACAAUUAGUCUGCUCCCUGACAAUCUCCCAGAGGAGGGAGAGAGAAACGCAUAUA